AUGGGGGAGGAGGUUCACAGAAAUCCUGGUCAUCAUCUUCCGUAUCAACAAAGGUCCAAGAUCAGCACGCCCUCGGGAAACAUUAGUAGACUUAACUGUUUGCUAUGUCGAGACCCACACAAAUGGUGGGAGUGCAAACACAAAGGGGAGAUCGACAACCUACAGAGGAAGUUGUCGGCCAUGUCCGUGGAGGAAACCCCAAAAGAGACAGAAGAAGAAGCAUGCAAUGAAGACGACGAACCCCGCAGAAUGAGUUCCGUCUACAUGAUGUAUGUAAUGGGGAAAGAGGCCCCGGAGACAAGAGAGGAAUCCACAAACAUGAUGUAUGUGGACCUCGUGAUAAAUGGGAGGAAUGCUAGAGCUAUGGUAGACACCGGCGCCUCCCACAACUUUGUGACCGAAGCAGAAGCCCGAAGAUUGGGGUCAGUGCUCAAGAAAGGAGGCGGUAGCAUGAAAUUCGUCAACUCCAAAGCCAAGCCGAUUCUCGGUGUGGCAGAACAGGUGGAAGCAAAGUUGGGAGACUAUGAAGGAAAAAUGAACUUCACUGCCGUCAAAAUGGACGACUUCAAUCUUGUACUUGGAUUGGAGUUCCUCCGCUCCAGCAAAGCAGUUAUAAUGCCUCACUUGAAUUCUUUGCUUGUAGCAGGUGGACAAACUUGUCUUGUUCGAAGUACAGGUACUCCCACGAAGACAAAAGAGAAGGGCCGACUCCUUUUGGCAAUGCGAGUUAUGGAGCCACUCAGAAAGGCGACAUCCCAGAUACACUAG